CUUCCUUUCGCCCUCCUGAAGGACUGGCAAUUAUGGCCAUCUUUUCAUUCUUGGACUGUUCAAGUCACGAUCGUUAUUCCGCCAGAUGCACAUGCUGACGGGCUUCGCCCUCGGCAGACCAGACACCGGUCCGUCCAGGGAGCGUACACCGAUGGAACCACGGUAGGCGAUGUGCCAUCUGCAUGCUUCUGCCUCUUCUUCCCCGCGGGUCUGAGCAACCCCCUGCAAGAUCCCUAAGCCAUCGUGGGGCUCGGAGCCCGAGACCUGCGUGAACUUGACGCACGCGAGUGCCGGCCAUCCCUCUGGCUGCCUCCCACAAUCCACAGGAUAUUGCGAGGUGUUCGACACCGGCGCCGAUCGGCACCCGAAGAACAUAAGGAGAUGGGAUUGAGGUGAAAAGAUAAGUCCGAUCAGCGAGCCUGUCAUUGGGCCGACGGUAUAUGUCUUCAAGCUGCAGCUUGCACCCUGCGCGUCCGAGGUUGUCUGUUACAAUUACCUAGAUAUAAACUGCCACUCGAGUUGCGUUUCGAGAGACCCUGGAAAGACUCGAGGAGCGAUCUCGGACUCCUAUGACUUGGUGACCAGCCGAGAUAAAUUCAAUUCGAGUCACGUAUACGGCCGCAAAAUGGCUACCUUCAGCUCAGUCUCCGUUUCUCUCUCUCGGCCGGUGUUGACAUGGUCGUUGUUCCUCCUCGUUAGCAUCGUCAUCUACUACUUGUCCGUCUUGGUCUACCGAUUGUUCUUUUCUCCUCUGAGCAAGAUCCCUGGGCCAUGGAUCACCCGCAUCUCUGCGGUGCCUGAGGCGAAUGCACUUAAGAACCAACGCCGCACCGACUGGGUAAGAGACCUGUUCAACCAAUAUGCGGGCGCAGUGGCAAUCCGGACUGGACCGAAUUCAGUAUCCUUUAACCACCCUGAUGCGGUAAAGGCCAUUUACGGCCAUGGAAAAGGUGCGGAGGAAUUCGGCAAAUCCAGCUGGUACGACGCAUUCUCAACGACGGGCGAGUCAUUGUUCUCGACACGCUCGAAGAAACGUCACGCCAUAAAACGGCGCAUGGUGGCCCAUGGCUUCAGCAUGCAAUCGCUAUAUCUGUUCGAGCCCAUCGUGGACCAAACACUAGACAAAUUCCUUCGAAAGAUGGACGACUUUGCCGCCACCGGAGAGCCAUUCGACAUUUACUUCUGGUUCGAGCUGUUCACCAUGGAUCUAAUGGGCGAACUAGCCUUCGGCAGACCGUUUGGAACAUUAGAUGCAGGCAAGCCCGCCCGCUAUUCGACACUGGUGGAGCUGUCCCAGCGCUAUGGCAAUCUCAGUGGCAUUCUUCCGUUCGGCAAGUACAGCGUCAAAGUUCUCAGCUGGGUUCCCUUGCCAUAUAUCCAGAAACUUUGGAAGGCCCGCGUUGAGUACCUGGAGUAUGCGCGAAUGGCAUUGGAGAAACGGUUUCAAGAUGACCGUCGUCAAGCACAGUCACAGGUGCUGCCGACUACGGGAAACAAACCACGCCAGGAUAUCAUGCAACGCUUCAUCGAAGCCCAGGACCCCGAGACGGGCCAUCGUAUGGAUUUUGCCGAGUUGAGAGCCGAAGCAUCUUCAUUGAUGGUCGCCGGCGCCAGCACAGGCAGCGUAACUCUUACCUGGCUCACAUACUACCUAUGCAAGAACCCCACGAUUAAGUCUCGCAUCAUCGAAUCUCUCGAAUCAAUGUUCCCACCCGAAUCAUCGACAACAGCAAAUCUCCCAUUUUCGAAGUUGAACAAACUGGCCCUUCUGGAAGCCGCCGAGAUCGAAUGUCUGCGCAUGCACCCGCCCAUCGGGUACGCCAUGCCGCGUUUGACGCCUCCCAAAACCGGCGCCGUCAUCUGCGGCAUCUAUGUGCCUCCCAACGUCGACGUCGGCGUCCCCGCGGCAAUCAUUGGGCGCAACCCCACUGUCUAUCGAGACCCUGACGUUUGGGAUCCCGAGCGAUGGCUUGCCAGUGCCAGCGCUACUAGUAUCGCUAGCGGGCUUGACCACCGCGACGCCGAUCUCUCAACCAUGAAAACCGCAUUUCUGGGUUUCGGCCACGGCAGUCGACAGUGCAUUGGUCGCAAUGUGGCUACCCAGUUCAUCACUAUGAUGAUGGCCGCGUUGCUGUUGAGAUACGACAUUGCCCUUGAGGAUCCAGCGCUCCAACUGGGUACCAAGGAGUUUACAAUCUUGAAGCCGGAUAGGAAGUUUAAUGUGGUUCUGAGGCCGAGGAAAGGGAGGGAGGCUGAAAAGAGAUGAGUUGUGAACCGUGAACCGUCAUUCUUCGAGGAUGGACAAAGAGGAAGGGUGCAAGAAGAUUGGGAGUACACCUACAUUCACACCCCCAUAAACACUCCCGUCACCGCUUGGAGGAGCCGGGGGAGGUGUAUCUUGGGACUUCAGUACGGGACAGCAUUUUGAUACUGCACCUGCUAUAUACAAUGCUAUUUAUUAUCAGUAUCGCAAGCAUCUGGCUAUAUAGCCUUGGGUCGCCUGUAUGGCAUGGCGCGUGAAAGAGUACCUACAGUAUGUCACACGCGGGCUUGGGGAAGUCCAGAUUCAAUGCACAUGGUAGUAAUAGCGACCAUGGGGUGGUUAGGGCAGCAAAAAGUACCUAGAUAGUAGCUUGAGUCCCGAUAGGCUGUAGAAAUGGGCGACGGGAACAGUUUUACAUACUACCGUGCCAUAAUGCAACAACUCAGCUCAGCUCACUGCAAUCCAACCUGAUCGCAAAGCCGAGGGAAUUCUGACAAGCUCGAAAGAAACCCGAAAUACUCGCUUCUAAUGCGGAACUGGCCACUUGCACCUUUUGCAGACUGGGACCUCCAAACGCAUACCAAACACAACGGAGUCCAGAGAAUUGAUGCGCUGCAUUGCACCACAGACCAUUGAACGAAAAAGGGCGAAAAAUAAUACGGCUCCGAAUGGGCACCUCUUCAAUAUCGGGUAUGGGUAUUGGUAUUACAAUAAAGCUGAGGUAAUAGACGCAGACAAAAGUCCCUGAAAAAC